AUGUUGUUAAAAGUACCAUCUGUUGACUGGACGGAUCAAAUAGUUUACGUGGUGGACGACGACGAAUCACUGUCUGACUUUGACGAUGAGCCAGAUUUCUCAGAAUAUAUGUGGAUGGAGAACGAGGAGGAAUUCGACAAGAACGAGUUGCAACGUCUUGAAGAGGAAGAUAUCAUGCAAGAGUGUUUCGAAGCCAUGAUCGAGGAUGAGCUCGAGGAACAAAUAAAUGAAUGGGAAAAAGCCAAAACGGAAGAACAAAAUACGGCUUUAUCUGCGCUACCAAAGAGUCAAUGUAAUAUUGAGAAAUCUGUGCUAAAUCCCAUGGCUGACGAAUUCGUACCACUUUGCCAUCAAAUGGAUUUUAUAGCCUCGUAAGCGCCGGCCCCCAAUAGUCUGAACUAUAUAACCUCUCACAGCAGCGAUUUCAGAUGUGCAUCUGAAACGUAUCAUAGCAAGGAUAUUCCAACAUCCCAUGCAAGAACUCGAUUACCGUUUAUAUAUGAUAUUCACCUCCCUUGUCUAACCAAACAUUUAAAAACAAAAAAACACACAUAAAACCAGCCAAUUCCAAACAGGCAACUAUGUUGAAAAGUUGAAAAAAAAAGAAAAAAAAAAAACAAAUAUAAAACAUUUGAUGAAAAUUACGCGCACAUACACACACACGUUAUCAUAUGUAUAAUAACCAACUCAACCGAAAUGCAAACGAAUACCAUAAACAUAAAAAAAAUAUAUAUAUACUGAAAAUCAUU